AUGAAGGCAUUCCUCCUUGCAAAUGCCCUGCUGCAGGCAUGUGCUAUCACAGAGGCCGGUGUCGUCCAUUACCAACAGGAGGAUCAUAGUGCCAAUGCGUUCUCGGAGCCCGUCUAUCCAUCACCAUGGAUGGACCCAGGCGCAGAUGGGUGGAGCGAAGCCUAUACUAAAGCAAAGGCCUUUGUCUCCGAAAUGACCCUGCUCGAAAAGGUCAACCUAACGACUGGCGUGGGCUGGCAGAACGAACGAUGCGUGGGCAACGUCGGUGACGUUCCUCGCCUCGGCCUCCGUGGUCUAUGUAUGCAAGACGGCCCAGUGGGGGUCCGGCUUACCGACUACAACUCGGUCUUUCCGUCAGGGCAAUCGGCGGCUGCGACCUGGGAUAGAAACCUGAUUUUCCGCAAGGCUCAAGCCAUCGGUGAGGAGUUUAGAGACAAGGGUGUUGAUGUCGUGCUUUCGCCUGUCGCGGGCCCCCUGGGACGAAAUCCCUCCGGUGGUCGCAACUGGGAGGGUUUCUCUCCCGACCCUUGGCUGACUGGCGUGGCCAUGGCUGAGUCGGUAAAGGGCAUGCAAAGCGUUGGAGUCAUCGCCACUGCGAAACACUUCGUCGGAAACGAACAAGAACACUAUAGAAUCAACUGGGAGGCUGCCAAUCACGGACUUCCCGAUCUUGCCGAAUCUUUGUCGUCUAAUAUUGACGAUAAGACCAUGCAUGAGCUAUACAUGUGGCCCUUUGCCGAUGCUGUCAAGGCGGGCGUCGGCUCCGUCAUGUGCUCGUAUCAGCAGGUCAACAACUCAUACGGCUGUCAGGACUCUAAGCUUCUAAAUGGGUUGCUAAAGAGUGAGCUAGGCUUCCAGGGCUUUGUAAUGAGCGAUUGGAUGGCCCAACAUAGCGGAGCAGCGACCGCCGUUGCCGGGCUUGAUAUGACCAUGGCUGGCGAUACUAUCUUGGGUACCGGCAGGAGUUACUGGGGCACGAACCUGACGCUCGCAGUAUUGAAUGGUACUGUUCCAGCCCAUCGAGUUGAUGAUAUGGCAAUGCGGAUUAUGGCCGCCUACUUCAAGGUAGGAAGAACGGUAGAGGACCAGCCCGAAAUCAACUUCUCCUCGUGGACCAAUGACGCCUACGGCCCUGUCCAAUUUACUGCCCAGGAGAAUCAACAGGUCAUCAAUCGCCAUGUCGACGUGCGAUCUGACCAUGCAAACCUCAUUCGUGAGAUUGGUGCUGCGGCUACAGUCCUCUUGAAAAACCAGGGUUCGCUUCCUCUCCAGAAGCCCAAGUUCCUUGCCGUGUUUGGCGAGGAUGCGGGCCCAAACCCGAGCGGCCCAAACAGCUGUCCCGAUAGGGCUUGUGGAGAUGCCCUCUUCGCCGCUGGCUGGGGCUCUGGAACAGCCAACUACCCAUAUCUCGUCACUCCCGAUUACGCCCUUCAGCAGCGGGCUCUUCAGGAUGGAUCAAGGUACGAAAGCGUUCUGAUCAACUACGGCACACAAACCACUCUUCUGGCCUCCAAAGAAGAAGUCACAUCUAUCGUCUUCGUUCAUGCAGCCGCCGGCGAAGGUUAUGUCGGUGUCGAUGGAAACUUUGGCGAUCGGAAGAACUUCACUCUCUGGAGGGACGGCGACGUCCUGAUCCACAACGUGUCUUCCAACUGCAACAACACCAUCGUUGUCAUCCAUUCGCCUGGCCCUGUCGACGUUACUUCCUGGUACCAAAAUCCCAAUAUCACCGCCAUCGUAUGGGCUGGACUCCCUGGUCAGGAAGCUGGGAACGCCAUCACCGAUAUCCUGUACGGCAAAGUCAAUCCAUCGGGCAAGCUUCCAUUCACUUGGGGUCCAAACCUGGAGAGCUAUGGUGUGGAUGUUCUCGUCAAGCCUAACAACGGCAAGGGCGCUCCUCAGGUCGAUUUUGACGAGGGCGUCUUCAUCGACUAUCGCCACUUCGACCGCGUGGCUCUGAACGGUAGCGAGGGUGCUCCUAUCUGGGAGUUUGGCUUUGGACUAUCGUAUACUACCUUUAGCUACUCCGAUAUCCAGGUCCAGAAGUGGCCAGCCCAGCGUUACAGCGCUUCCUCGGGCUCUUCCCGUCCUGCGCCCGUCUUUGGCAACUUCUCGACUAACUAUGAGGACUAUCUCUUCCCUGAGGACCAGUUCCACUUCUCGAGGGCCUUUAUUUACCCCUACUUGAACACAACUGGCCCACGAGAAGCCUCGGAUGACAGGGACUAUGGUCAGACUGCGUCCGAGUUCCUGCCCCCCAACGCCCUCAGCUCGUCAUCACAGGCUGUACACCCUGCUGGUGGUGCGCCCGGCGGCAACCCCCGGCUAUGGGAUGUCCUGUACACCGUGGCUUGCACUGUCACUAAUACUGGAGACGUGCGUGGUGCUGAGGUUGUCGAGCUCUAUGUGUCCCUCGGCGGCCCUGAAGAGCCUGUCCGCGUUCUGCGUGGCUUCGAUCGCAUUUUUCUGGACCCUGGCGCUAGUGCCACUUUCUCGGCCUCGCUGAAUAGGCGCGAUCUCAGCAACUGGGAUAUUAAUCUCCAAAACUGGGUAGUCACUGAGCACCAGAAGACGGUAUAUAUCGGCAGCUCGUCGCGUAACCUGCCUUUGUCUGCGACAUUGCAAUAG